AUGGGAGCUACUGCCGAAGUAUUACUUGAUGGAAAUGGAAAUAAUGGUGUCUUUACCAAUGAAGAUGAGGUUAAAGGUAAAGUAAUUGUGGUAGUUGAAGAGUCUAUUACAGUGAAUCAGAUUCAGGUUCGGUUUGAAGGGGUCUCCAAAGUAACUGUUACCUACAGAAAGAGUGCUGGGAACAGCAGUAGAAAUGUUCAUGUUACCAAUAAACAUAGGUUGAUUUCAAAAGUAGUAACGGUAUUUCCCCCACAAAACGAAAGGGAAGUGAUGUGCUCCUCAGAAUUUACUCUUGUUUCAGGAACUUACGAGUAUCCUUUCUCCUUCAAGAUUCCGAUGAUGAGUAUGUGCUUAGAUAACAUGGGUACUCUAGCUAAUAAAGACGCCCCAGAUACUUUUACGAAGCAAGUUGACCAUGGGGUUAUUAGAUUUGGUGCUGCUAGGUUAAGAGCUAGGCCGAAAAGUGUAGGUGGAACUGUUAUAAAUCAUAUACCAGGUAUGCUCCCACCGAGUUUUUCGUUAGAUGAUCGGGCAUCUAUCAAUUACCAUGUGAAGGCUAUUAUUAUGAGGCCCUCUAUGUUCUCAAGAAAUGUUAGGUCUUUUGGUAACUUUACCUUUAUCCCCUAUGACUUACAGACUGCACCAAUUUCUAGUCAAUUCUUUGAAACUCGAAGUCCGUUCUUCAUUAAAUCCAAAGGUUGCAAACCAAUUGAAUGCAGCUUCUACUUUAGAUGCAAUAAGCCAUAUUAUUACCCCGGAGAUCUACUUGAUGUUUCUAUCUCUGUUGAACACGAACCAAACGCUGAUAUCAGUGGUUUAACCACCUUGUAUAUCGAUCAAGUGAAAUUCAAGUUUGUCACGAAAUGUGAGUUAAGUGCUAUUGAAAAGAGUUGGUCGAAUAAUGUUAAGCAUACAGUUACUCUACUUAAUAAUCCAGUGAUAUUGGAUAAAAGUUGUAAAAAAUUUCCAGUGCCUUUAGGGGAACUGAAAUUGAAACUGGGUCCACAAAACAACCAAUUCAUUUUACCCCCAGAACUAUAUGCGUGUGCCGUUCCUCAAAAUAUUGUACCAACAUUUGGUACUUGCAAUGUUGCACUUUCGUAUUUCUUAGAGAUUUCGAUUACGUAUUCCCUUGAUCUUAAGGCAAAGGGUGGAUUCAUAGCUGUUCUUAAAGGUAAUCAACUUUCAAAAGCAAAAUUGGUGUCAAAUGAAUUGCUAAUUAAGGGAGGAAUAAAUCCACCACUGCAAGCAUCCCUGCACGUUCAAAGACCACAACAUGAACCACACCAAGAGCAACUACCUGAGUAUAGCGGAAUGGGAAAGCAUGACCAAAUUGCAUAG